AUGAAGAAGAGCUCGACGUCGACCAAGCCUAAGCGGCACUCUCGAGGCGCAUCGAAGGCCGGAGAAAUUGCAAGAACAGCCACUGGUUCGCCUGCAAAUUCCUCUGCUCCUACGGGAAAAAAUUCCGAGAAAUUAUCUCAAGCCUCGCACGCCAGCGUAUCAGCGAUUCAUGUAGGAGGGGCUGAAGAGGUGCACAGCGACUGGAAGAUGAUCCAGUCAGAGGAAGACUGCGAUUUAUUCUUCCCAACACCGGAUGCCGUUGACAGGUCAUUUGAGCUUCAAUCUUUGUUCUAG